GCAUGGGGAGACGCUGCUGCAGGUCCGGUUUCUCGGUGUCUGGUCGGUGCCAUCAUUUCCCCCCCCGCCCCCCCUCAAGCUGGUGGCCUCCCCUCCCCCUCCCCCUACAGAGGGGGUAGGGGGCUGGGCAUGAACUCUCUAUAAUGCCAUGUGCUGCGCCCAUGCUGGGAAGCCAGGACCGUGGUGGCAGCCAGAGGCAGCAGAGGAGGCGGGAGAGCGGGGUUGACCGCUGACCACUCACCCAGCUGCUCCCCCCGCUCCCUCCUUCCCCACCGGCCUCCCUCCCUCCUUCAGGGCUGGCACCACGGUCCCCCCACCCCGCCUCUCGGGCCCUCCCAGCUUCUCCACGUAAGCCACCCCUCCCCACCUGGCCAGUCCUCCCUCCCUUCCCCCAUCUGCAUCCUCCUCCUGUCCCCUCUUCCUCUCUGUCCCUCACCAAGUCUUCCCCUCCUCAUCUCUUCCCAGCCCUCUCACUGGCUUGCUCCUGCUUCCUCUCUCCUGUCCUCCCUGUCCCAGUCUCAGCCCAGCUGCCCCCUCCCUGCUUCCUCAGUCUCACCGACUCCCCUUCUUCUUCCCUGGCUCAGGCUCCCUUGCCCCAUCCCGUCCCCACCCUGUCCCCUUUGUGCCCCUUCCUCUCUUAUUCUCUCUCCUUUUCUGGUUUGGUGUCCCUUCCCCACCUCUGACCCCCUUCUGCUCGGCCUCCCUGUCCCUUCACGGCCACUAUGCUGACCCCAAUGGUGGCUGGGGGGGUGGUGUUCCCCGGACUCUUCCUCCUGUCCAAGAACACGCUCCAGCGGCUGCCCCAGCUGCGCUGGGAGGAGGCCGACGCGGUCAUUGUCUCUGCCAGGCUAGUGUCCUCUGUCCAAGCCAUCAUGGCCUCCACAGCUGGCUACAUCGUCUCCACCUCCUGCAAGCACAUCAUUGAUGACCAACACUGGCUUUCCUCUGCCUACACUCAAUUUGCUGUGCCCUACUUCAUCUAUGACAUCUAUGCCAUGUUCCUCUGUCACUGGCACAAGCACCAGGUCAAAGGGCACGGAGGGGAUGACGGAGGAGCCAGAGCUCCCAGCAGCACCUGGGCUGUGGCGCGCGGGUACCUACACAAGGAGUUCCUCAUGGUGCUCCAUCAUGCCGUCAUGGUGCUGGUGUGCUUCCCACUCUCGGUGGUGUGGCGACAGGGCAAGGGAGAUUUCUUUCUGGGCUGCAUGUUGAUGGCAGAGGUCAGCACCCCCUUUGUCUGCCUUGGCAAGAUCCUGAUCCAGUACAAGCAGCAGCACACUCUGCUGCACAAGGUCAACGGGGCCCUGAUGCUGCUCAGCUUCCUGUGCUGCCGGGUGCUGCUCUUCCCCUACCUGUACUGGGCCUACGGGCGGCACGCCGGCCUGCCCCUGCUGGCUGUGCCCUUGGCCAUCCCAGCGCACGUCAACCUGGGCGCUGCACUGCUCUUGGCCCCCCAGCUCUACUGGUUCUUCCUCAUCUGCCGUGGGGCCUGCCGCCUCUUCCGGCCCCGCUCCCCGCCGCCCUCUCCCUGCCAGACCCAGGACUGAGGGGGCCUGGGGCCCUUCCCCUUCCUGCCCCACCUCCAUAGGGACAAGGCUGUGGGGCUGAUGGGUGGGGGUGGCAGCCAGGGGCUUUUGCCCAACGGCCCCAGGACACAGAUGGACCAGAAGAGAUAGGGGCCCUGAAGGGCAGGACAGGGGGACCUUGUUUCCCCACGGUGCCCAAGCCAGGGCUAGCAACCCCUUCCUGCACACUACUCACAGGAGAAGGGAACUGGCCACUCCCUCCCCCCACUGAGGGAUGGAGGGCUUGUGGGGAGAUAAGAACUAGAACUCAAGGGGACCAGGAGUCAGGACAUAGUUAGGGAGGCCCUGCUGCCAAGGACAUCCCACCCCUCCACUGCAAAACCCCUGGGCUCCCUGUCAUCUGGUGGGGAGAAGACACCCUAACUACCCCCCACCAUGGCAUCACCAGGGGCUGUUACCCCCAGAGCUCCUCUCUGGGGCAGGCCAGCCUGAGGAAUUUUAUUUGCCCAAAUUCAGACUAGGCUGUUGGGCUGGGGGGAGGGAGGCGCUGCUAAACCCCAAGCCUUCCUAGUGCUGAGCAACCCUGGAGCAGGUGAGGGGUGCCCAGUCCUUUCCCCUUAGGCUGCACAUCUUGCCCUCGGGCCCUGGCAUGUCCCUGGUGCUACAGACCUCUCAAGGCUUCCUCCAAUCUAGGGUCAGGGGACCCUGGGAGGUGCUUACAGACUGCUAAUAAAGACGAUCUGCGUGAACGCCA